GUGGUAUGCUUUUGCGCUCCUUCUUAAAGAGAUAACUUAUAUCCAAACGUACGCAGUUGCCACUGUGUCGCUUUUUUGGAACUUUUUCCUUCACCAAGGAAUAUUCAAUUUUGUGAAAAGGUUAUUCUUUCUGGACUAAAGAAAUAUCAAGAUGGAUUUAAGAAUACUUUUCUCCGUGUUGUCAAUUAUGUACUCUUGGAUUUUACAUACAGUUUCAUCUGCCCCUGCGGGAAAAGAAACAGCGGUAGCCACCACAGCCACCCCGGUGCCAGCGCGCCACAUCAGGAACAAGCGAUGCUCCUGCGCGACGUUCCUGGACAAGGAGUGUGUUUACUUCUGCCAUCUGGACAUCAUAUGGGUCAACACGCCUGAGCGCGUGGUUUCCUACGGACUGGGCAACGCAUCUAGAAAGAAGCGCGCAAUGAAGGAUCCCGAGGUCUCCCAACAGGACCCUCGAUGUCAGUGCGUCAGUGAAGAUGACGGCACGUGCAUAAGCUUCUGUCAGCUGGAAAAUCACCUCAGAUACGAGGCAGCAGGAGUGAUCCGUCCUGCGCCAGACACCGUGAUCCGUCCUGCGUCAGACACCGUGAUCCGUCCCGUGCCAGACACUGUGAUCCGUCCCGCCCUUGCUGAGUAUGCUGGGAGGCGGCAGUGCAAACACAAGCUGGCAGCCAAAACGUCUAGGAUUAAAAGGGUGAAACACAGAGACCACAAAGCAGUUGGCCCCUCAGCUCUAAGGGCCACAGUGAAAGCUUGCUUGCUGCUGGAGAAGUGGAUGGUGAAACAACGACACAAGCCGAGAGAAGGGAGAUGAGAAUAGAGAUGAGGAGAGAGAUGAGGAUACACAGGUGCACCUUGUGGGAGAUGUCCACAUACUCUGUCACACUCACAGAGGGUAGAGAUUCAUCCAUCUCUUUCUAUCCACCUGCCAUUGGGGACUCAUAUGCUGUGGUCCCUGGAGAUGCAUUGGAUACUCCACAGGAAGCCUGCCACUGGACCCCCAUGUUGGCUCAAUGGUGUGCGUCAUGAAAGGGGAUGAAUGACUGUGCUGGUGGGUGCCGCGUCCAGUCUCUCCACUGAACGUGUCCCUCUUCAUCAGAGAGAUGCAGACGGUCGGAGAUACAUGCAGGAGAAAUCAGAGGAACGGGUGUCAACUUUAUUGACACCACAUCCUAAAGACAAAGAUGGACACUUGAUGGUCCUCCCAUGUACUGUCUGUGGACACACCCCUUUGGACUUCAGCUGCAACUCUCAAACAGAACUUCAGAUCAUAUCCGAUGACUUGAAUGACUGAAUCUUGAAUCUCUACAUUCCUUUGACUGUCACUGGAUUUGAGAGACCCGGGCUACUUCACACAACAGCAUCAGAAGGGCUAUUGCUGCUAGCCUGUCCAAAAGCUCUUGUGUCUGCUCUUUUCAAGAAAAUGUUGGAUUCCAAGAAGAUCACAAUCUCAUAGACUUAUUGAAUUGACUCUAUGGCCUGGCAUAAGUAACUCAACAGAUUGAUUCCAGGUGUUGUCAUAGUUUGACUGAGAUUUCCCACCUUUGACAGAUCUCACCUUUCCAAAUGAUUCAUUAGAACUUGUGAGUUUUCUGCUAAUAUUGAUUUCUGUCUAUGUUUGUCUGAGAUUUCUCUAUACACAUUGUAUAAUAAUUAAUCACUAUAUAUUUAAUACACACUGUAGGAUAAUUAAUCACUAUAUAUUUAAUACACAUUGUAUAAUAAUGAAUCACUAUAUAUUUAAUACACAUUGUAUAAUAAUUCAUCACUAUGUAUUUAAUGCACAUGGUUCUAUCCCUAUGUUUUAUUUAUUGCAUUCAUUUAUAGUCAUAUUGGCCCAUGAUAUGAUAAUAUGUUGUAUGUCAUUUCUGUGAAAUAAUUUUGUUGCCAAGAUAGUUUUGGCAAAACUUAGGGAAAUAAAU